CCGCGUGCGAUGACAAAGUGCUGCUUGUGGCAAAAUUCAAAAUGCACCAUUAAUUGGAUUUACGCCCAUUUUUUUACUGGAAUUUUCAAUAUUUUUAAGUUAAGCAGUUUGACAUGGUAAAGGUGCUGUGCGACUGAAAAAAGGCAGUAGCAAUAUGCAUGGAGAAACAUAAAUUCAAAGAUUGUUAUUCGUAACUGCUAGACAACGGGAGUACGGCACGACGACACAGUAGAUUUGGAAUUUCAGACACUCUCGGCAUCUCCCCGAAGACGGGAAAAUGAAAAUUCCAAAAAUUCGGUUUUUUGGAAUUUUCAGAAGAUGACAGGUUCAGCCAAAAUGCUUAGCCUGGCAAAUUUCCGAGCCGAGCUAAAACUCUGACCAAUCACAGCUUCCUUGGCGUGACGUCAAUUUCAAUUUUCGGUAGCACGAUCAUUUUCGACUUCCGGUUGCAUUUUGCUUUGGAGCAAAUCGCACUAGAUGGUAGUGACUAGUCCUUACUUCUGACGGAUUGGCGGCUUCUGUUUGCACCUGCCAAAUCUGCAGCCGACACGGACUUUGACGCAAGUAUUUAUGUCAUGCAUAAUACGAACCUUCAGUUUCGCCAAGGAACGGGCACGUAUAUGUGAGUAGCAGCUGCCACUGAUUGCCUGCAUGGUCCAGCCUUUCAUCCACGUACAUUCUGCACGUCUGCGCGAGAAUGAAGCCUCACAAUCCCAGAUUCACGUUAUCGCGAUAUUUCCGCCGCAUUCCUCGUUUUACCUUGGCAUUCUGGUUCAAAAUCGGCAUCCUAGUGUCCAUUCUGUGUUUAAUUUUCAUCGUGCCAUUCUCCUCGCGCGAGGCGUUCGUGGGAACGAACGUGGAUUCGGAUGCCCAUCGCAACCACAAACUGCGCGUCCUGCGACGGAGCGACAUUGACGAUGUGCCACGCGACAACCAGGUCGAAUCUCCGGAGGGCAAUGAAUUUGUCCAUGAAGGCGUGAAUGAGGAGAAGAAUAACGACGGCCACAAUCAGAUUGCACUGCCCGGCGCUGACAACAACGAACUGCUGCACGGCGCGCAAGCUGUGAUUGAUUCUGUUCCGGCGGGCGACAAGAGUCCGGAGGUGCACGGGAAGAUCCGCGAUCUGACCGGCGAGGAACAGAAACGCAACAUCCGUCCACCCGUUGUCCGCAAAACGGAGAAUGAAAUAGAGUCGAGAAUCAAUAAGCCAACGAAAUACAAAUCGGUUGUUAAAGUGCCACCCAAUGUUAAUUUGGACACAUUGCCACCGCAGGAUGUGGCCGAUGAAAAUGCUGCCAAGGAGUCCGGAGCGGAGAAUAAUUUAUCCAUACCUUCGUUUAAGGAUGGUACUGUGGGAAGUUACGAAGUGGUGGCUAAACCCAGACAAGGUGCGGGCGAACUAGGCGUUGCGGUGCAUUUGACACCGGAAGAGCAGAGAGCAGCGAAAAAGACACAUCAUGAAUACGGAUUCAAUGAGGUUGCCAGCGAGAAAAUCUCUCUUGACAGAUCCAUUCCCGAUACGAGGCCAAAAGAGUGCAAAUUCUGGCACUACCCUUCGAAGCUUCCGAAUGUCUCCGUUGUGAUUGCGUUCCACAAUGAAAUGUGGUCGACACUGCUCCGAACCGUGCACAGUGUAAUCAAUCGCACGCCACCGCAUCUGUUGGCCGAAGUUCUCCUUGUUGAUGAUUUUAGCGACAAAGUUCGACUGAAAGAUGCGCUGGAUGAAUAUAUCACGCGAUUUAAAGGGAAAGUAAAAAUCGUCCGCAAUCAGGAGCGGGAAGGCCUGAUUCGAACGCGCAGCAUUGGCGCUCGGAAAGCUGUCGGAGAAGUCGUCUUUUUUCUGGAUGCCCAUUGCGAAGUGAACGUGAACUGGCUGCCUCCGUUGUUAGCCCCGAUUGCGAAAGACAGGACAGUUAUGACAGUUCCCGUGAUUGACGGAAUUGACUCGGAAACCUAUGAGAUUAAUGUUCAGUAUCAAGGGCAACUCUUCCGAGGAAUUUUUGAAUGGGGUUUGUUGUACAAAGAAACGGAACUGCCGAUCAAGGAAAAGGCCCAACGACGAUACGAUACUGAACCGUAUAAAUCUCCGACGCACGCCGGGGGGCUUUUUGCUAUUAAUCGAGCAUAUUUUCUCGAAUUGGGUGGCUACGAUGAAGGACUGCAAAUUUGGGGCGGGGAGCAGUAUGAACUGUCUUUUAAAAUUUGGCAGUGCGGCGGAAGCAUCGAGUGGGUGCCAUGUUCGCAUAUUGGUCAUAUUUACCGCGGUUUCAUGCCGUAUGGCUUUGGGAAGCUGGCUGGGAAAGGUCCAAUCGUUUCGAAGAAUCUCAAACGUGUUGCUGAGAUAUGGAUGGAUGAAUACAAGGAAUAUUAUUAUAUUCGUGAGCCGUUGGUCAAAGAUCUGGAAAUUGGUGACAUUUCCCAACAGAAAGCUCUACGGGAAAAAUUACAGUGCAAGAGCUUUAAAUGGUAUAUGGAAAACGUGGCUUACGAUGUUGUUGAGAAGUAUCCAGUUUUACCUCCUAACAAAAUUUGGGGAGAGUUGCGAAGCUCAUACGCUGGCUGGCAGUGUUGGGAUUCCGAGCACGAUGCACCAGCCAAACUAAAAAUGCGACCGUGUACGCACGCUGGAGGCCAGCAGUUGAUCAGAUUGAACACGGAAGGGCAGAUUGGUAUUGGAGAGCGUUGUGUGGAAGCAUCCGGUACGGAUCAGGUGGAACUAGUGUACUGUGAAAUGGGUCGAGUGGAUGGACCUUGGGAACUGAUAGAGAAAUCCUUUCUGGUCAGGCACAAGACCAAGGCCAAAUGCGUAGAAGUUAUGUCGGAUAAUACGCUAUACCUCAGACCGUGCAAUCCAGAGAAUAAUUCGCAGAAGUUUGAAUUUGGUAUUGUGGAGAGAUAACGAAACCUUGUCCGUUUGCUAGGUUGUGUUUCCAUUAUUCCAGUGAAUGUUUAUGAUAACACCGAGUGCCUUUCAAAAAUGCCCGUAAUCUGGCUUGCUUGUUGUCGUUUUCUUUUUUAAUUAUGCUAUUGUAUUAAUUUUAAGUUGGGAAAAUCGUCUUCUAGGUGUUGUUCAGUUUGUCUGAAUGCGUUUAAGAAAGAAUCAAAAUUAUGUAAACCA